UUAAAUUGCUACGUAUAUAGAAAGCUAAUUAAGUAGCUCCAUUGCAAUAUAAUGGCGGCCAGUCAUCAGAUGACGUCGGCUUUAUACAGAGCAGCCGUGGCUGGUAAAUAUGAAGAUUAUAAGGCUCUCCGGCAGACUACGGCUGCAGAUAAUGGAGUUGGCCGCAUUCAAGUUACGGCUGGCAAUACUGUGCUGCACGUUGCGGCGCUCCACUACCACAAACAAUGUGGAAAACAUCCUAGAAGAAGAAGAGGAUCGUGUAGCCUCGUCUUUGUUACUUGCUAGAAACAACAAAGGUGAACUGUGCUCCACUGUGCAGCGGAGAAAGGCAAUGCCGACAUAGUCUUUGUCGUUAUCAGUGCCGCCAAGAAAUACAAGGAUGUAGAGAGCUUGGUGUGGGAGUGAGGGAGAUGAUAGAGAUGUGUGAUGAAGUCAAAGACACGGCUUUGCACAAGGCCGUGCGAAUGGGACAUUUGAAGGUGGUGGAGUUAUUGGUGAAAGAGGAUCCUGAAUUUAAGUACCUUGCCAAUGAUGCCGGAGAGACGCCCAUUUACAUAGCAGCAGAGAUGCAAUUUCAUGACUGUUUGGUGGAAAUGCUUAGCACAUGUACAAAGCCUACCUAUGAUGGACCAUUGGGUAGAAAUGCUCUCCAUGCAUCAGUAUUAUCAGGUUUAGGCUACACUAAAAUAUCAGUAAAGAUUCCGUUUUUGGAGUAUCGUGGAGAGUUUGCCACAGAAUGCACGCAAUCAUUGUUGAAAAAUAAUAUCUGUUUGUGGGAGGGAACUGAUAAGUCUGGGUGGACACCACUACACUAUGCCAUAAAAAUUGAGAAUGAUAAAGCUGCUCGAAUGAUAAUUGAGAGAGAAGCAUCUGCAGCUUACACUCCUGCGGGGGGUAGUGACAAGUGGACAACAACAUUCCACAUAGCAGCAAGGCAUGACAAUGUUGAAAUGAUGAAGGAGAUAUCAAAUAGGUGCCCAGAUUGUUGGGAGAUGGUGAAUAGCAAAGGGCAAAAUGUAUUGCAUGAAGCAAUGUUGAGUAAGAAAGUGAAUGUGAUACAACAUAUAGAAAAAAGCUGUGAACAACUGGACAACCUUGUUCAUCACAAAGAUGAGGAUGGUAACACACCACUGCACCUGCUUGCCGUUUAUGACUGUGAUAUUAUACGGCAAUUUAUAAAAGACCAUCCUAUGCUGAAUUAUUUUGCAUUUAAUAAGGAAAACCAAACUCUGUUUGACAUGGCAAGCAGUUCUAAGGCGGUUGGAUACAAGAAGCUAAUUGAAAAGGGCAAGAGAAAACUUCUAAAGAAAAGAAAAUUUGCUGACCGCUUGAUAGAAAAUCCAAAUGAAGAAGAUAAAAGGCUAAAUGAAGCUAUUGAAGCUAAGAUAAAAAGCGGUGAAACAAGCAUCCUUGUGGCAACAUUGAUAGUAACGAUGACCUUUGCAACGGGUCUUGCAGUGCCAGGAGGAUACCACCAAGAAAAAGGGUACCCAUUAUUGCAACAAAACGCAGCUUUUAAGGCCUUUGUUAUAACCAAUACUCUUGCUUUCCUAUCCUCUAUUUGCUCCAUUGCCGUUUACGUCAAGAUGGUUACAAAGGCCUCACAGCCCAGGAAGAGCUAUGAAGCUGUGGAUAAGUUGUAUGAUUGGCAGGACAAAUUGCUUCGUUUGACAUAUUUAGGAGUAAUAAUUGCAUUCCUGUGUGGAGUAUAUGCCACUUUAGAACCUGAUCGUCCUCUUGCUAUUACUGAUUUAGUCUUAGGCGUCAAAGAAGUUGGCUUUACAGCAGUUUCCUGUCGCCGGAUCUAACCCAUUCCGGGAAUCCAUCCGAGUCUUGAUUCGCCGCUAGUAGUUUCCGGUGGAUCGGAAUGUUGAAGUCGCCGAGAAUCGAGAAAAUGUGAGCCAC